AUGUCGAUGGGCCGAAAGUUCAAGCUAAACUCGGGCUACGAGAUCCCCGCAGUUGGGCUGGGGACCUGGUUGGCCAAGCCGAACGAGGUCGCCGUGGCUGUUGAAACAGCGCUGCGUUGCGGUUAUCGGCACAUCGACGCUGCCGCCAUCUACCAGAAUGAGCACGAGGUCGGCGAGGGAUGGAAGAAGUCUGGAGUCCCCCGCGAGGAGAUUUUUUGUCGUCUAUGCUCAUCUCCUGACCCCGUACUGGUGCAGAUCACCAGCAAGCUAUGGAACAACAACCACCACCCCGACGACGUCGAGGCGGCCCUGGACAAGACCCUCAAGGACCUGCAGACUGACUACCUCGACUUGUACCUCAUCCACUGGCCCGUCUGCUUCGUCCACCAGGGCGACGAGCUGUUCCCCAAGGACCCCGAGACCAACCUCUUCCUGAAGAAGGAGAUGCCCAUCGCCGACACCUGGGCGGCCAUGGAGAAGCUCGUCGCCACGGGCAAGGUCAGGAGCAUCGGUAUCAGCAACUUCAACAUUGAGAAGACGGAAGAGGUGCUCAAGACAGCCAAGAUUGUGCCCGCGGUGAACCAGAUCGAGGCCCACCCCUGGCUGCAGCAGCAUAAGCUGUUUGACUACCUCAAGUCAAAGGGCAGUCAUAAACGUCUACUAAUCAUGAGCGAGGACAGUGUCAUUGAUGACCCGACGAUCCGGUCCAUCGCCAAGAAGCUCAACCUGGAUCCCGCUCAGAUGCUCAUCUCCUGGGCUGUUCAGCGCGGCACUGUAGUGCUGCCCAAGAGCGUAACGCCGUCUAGGAUUGAGUCGAACUUCAAAGAUGUCGUCCUGCCCGACGCCGAGUUCGAGGAGCUCAACAAGCUCGACAAGCACAAGCGCUUCAACCUGCCGUUCGACUGGGGUGUCGACAUCUUUGACGAGGUUGGCGAGGCCGAGAUCGAGAGGAUGGCCAAGGAGGAGGCGGCGAGGACCAAGUCAUCGUGA